AUGGUUGACGUGUUUAAUCGCCGUGAAGAGCUUUUGGGAAAGUUAGAGGAUGUUGCUGAUAGAGUUGUCAGACGCAGUCGGCACUAUCUUCCCCAUAUCGCCCGUUUAUGUCUUGUUUCGACUUUUUUAGAAGAUGGCUUUCGCUUACUCACACAGUGGUCUGAACAAAUUGAUUUCAUUCGUCACGUUUGGGGAGUGGGCAAAUUUAUAUCCGCGAUUUUUAUUCUCGCUAACAUUUUCCUUCAAUUUUCCGGUUCCGCCUCCGUCAUGUUACGUUAUAAAGUUCGAGCAGGUUGUGCGAUUCUUAUGUUAACUGUGGUGAUACAGACCAUUGGCUACAAUAUUUUAACUCGCAUCUUCCUUAUGCGAAAUCUUUCACUUGUUGGAAGUCUCCUUUUGCUCCUUGCUGAAGCUAACCAAGACUCUAAAAGCCUUCUUGCUGGAUUACCCUCGGUUGGGAAUGAAAACCGAUCCAAACAGUAUCUGCAACUUGGUGGUCGGAUCCUUGUUGUAUUGAUGUUCCUUACUCUAAUUCACUGGAGUGGAAGUUUCUUCUAUCUCAUCCAAUCAAUUCUCAACCUAGUUCUCAUUCUCCUCGUCGCUGUAGGCUAUAAGACAAAACUCUGUGCUAUCAUCUUAGUCACUUGGUUGACAUGCAUGAAUUUCUACUACAAUAACUUCUGGUCAAAUUACACUGAUGAGAUUAUGUGGGACUUCUUGAAGUAUGAUUUCUUCCAAACUUGGUCUGUGAUUGGUGGUCUCAUGUUGAUUGUUGCCCAUGGUCCUGGCGGAGUGUCGGUUGAUGAUUAUAAGAAGGAGUGGUAA